GAGAGACCAAAAGCACCAAAUGCAACACCCAUAAACCCAGAUAGCAGCUCCUCUUACAGCUGUCUGCACUGCACAUAAAAUUAGACCCCCAGACAGUUGUACUGUAGACUCCACCAGGAGAAGACAGCUGGGAAAAAUACUGUAGAAGAUGGACCCAAGUUAUAGUGCCAGUCUUUACUUUGGAAGCUGUACGAGAUGCAGUAAAGCGGUGUAUGGCGCGGGGAGAGCCUGCCGGGCCUUGGGACACUUAUUCCACGACACUUGUUUCACCUGCAGUGUUUGCAAUAAAAAGCUCACUGGCAUGCCAUUUUAUUCAGUGUCAGGAGGAAUCUAUUGUGAAAAUGACUUUUUGUACUCUGGAGUUCAUCCAUCCCCUGAAGUGUGUACCAGCUGUGGACAUUUAAUCAUGGAUAUGGUCCUGCAGGCUCGUGGGAAGUCCUACCAUCCGUCCUGCUUUCGCUGUGUCGUCUGCAAACAGAGCCUAGAGGGUCAGCCCUUCACUGUAGACUCAGACAACAGGGUUUACUGUGUCAGCGACUACUACAAGGUCCAGGCUCCCUGUUGUGCUGCCUGCAGAACACCCAUAUUGCCAACUGAGCAACAGGGGGAGAAAGUCAGGCAGAGAGAGAGGAAGGGGAUGAUAUGCAGCAAAGAGCCACGAGUUGGACUCGAACCCCAGCUUCUGCGGUUAGGACUACAACUUCAUUGUACUUGGCUCUGUCAGGUGACCACAAGGACUCACAAAACGACCAGAAAGAGAUGAAAAGGAAUCACAGGCAAAACAGCGACAAAGAGACGCCAAACGACCAAAGAGAGACACUAAAUGAUCACAGAGAGACCUGUCUGGGAUCCAGAGGUGCAUUUUCUUAUAAACCGUCCAUGAAAAUAUCCACAAAUAAAAUCCAGUCCGGCCGAAAAGAAACUUGUGUACUUUCCCCUGUUGGUUAUACCGACACCGUGUGUCAAUAGUAGGUACUACCACCAACUCCCCUCCCGGAAGAGACCACUGUGGAAGUUGCCAAAUGAAGAUAAACGCUGAUUGAAAUGGCGUCAGUCACGGUACGUGGCUGGGCUCUCUGCACCGUGUCUCUGCUAAACUUUGCGUUUGUUUUCAUAUCUGGUGCAGACUUUAUUCGGUUUAUAUCAUUUCGAGCCAUUUAUCAUAACAUCACCGGGGAGACAACACUGUGUCAAGACUCCAUACCAUGGUCGGUGGCCCUGCAGGACAGCUCUGUCCUCAGGUCUCUUGUUGUCGAUCUGGGGCUGCUGGCUCUCUUCACCACACAGCACAGUCUGCUCUCCUGGUCACCUGUCAAACAGGCCCUACAGUCAGUGCUUGGGGCACUGAACAGGACAGCAUACUGCUUCACUACUGCACUGGCACUCCAGAUCAUGAUGAGGUACUGGCAGCCUGUGACUAGCGCCCCCUGUCUGUGGUCAGUGCGUCAUGCACCCUGGAGUAUCUGGUUCCCUCUGCUCUGCUUCUCUCUGCACUUCCUCUGCUGGGCAAUCAUCUGCAGCAUCCUCAUGCUUGUUGAUUACCCAGAACUGCUGGGCAUCAAACAGGUGUAUUACGAGUGUCUCGGUUUAGGAGACCCCCUGUCUCACAAGUCACCCCACGCCCAGCGCUUCCUGUCUCACCUCCGCCACCCGGUUUGCCUGGAGCUGGGCGUCGUGUUGUGGCUCCUGCCGGCCUUGUCCCUGGACAGGCUCCUGCUGGCGGGGACUCUGUCGGCCUACCUGGCCCUGGCACACUCUCUGGACAAACAGGAUUUAGCCUACCUCUGCAUCCAGAUUAACAGCAAGAUGCAGCUCCUUGCCGAGCCACACCGGGGCAUCGCCGACACCACCGGCAGGGACAACAGCAGCAACCACAAGGAGAAGUGAAGAGAAGGUGUUCAAACUGCCGAGAUGUGAAGCUCACUGCUGUCUUAAAAUUAACCAGAAAUAUUGUUCCAAAACUAACUUCAACAGAGCCUCUGUGAUCUUCUAUGAGCCUGAUACCUGCUGUGCUGAAACAAGCCUGCUCUACUAAUGGCCAACGACAACACUUGAACUGAAUUGUUUGCAACUUGACGCUGUAUUUUUUACAUUUUUUUAACAUUUUCUUUUCACUGUAUAUAUUGUUUUAGAAAGGGAGAGUUUUAUUACAAAAGGAGAUCGUAUUCCAUUUGAAAACAUGAACACCUCCUCAACUAAUUAUGAUUAUCACUGGCUGGUAUUACUGUAACAUUUCUGAGCCAACUUAAUGUAACAGUUUUUUUUUUUUUUUAUAUUUCUAUCUUCAGAUGAAAUUUAAGAGGAAAGA